GCCGCCGCCGCCCGCAGCAUGCCGCCCCCCCGCCGCACGCCGCCCGCGCCCGGGGGCUGCCUCCCUUUCCGGCCCGCGGCGUGUGCGUGAGCCACAGCGGCUUCAGGUUGCCCCGGCGGCGGCGGCGAGCGGGGGGCCGGGGCGGCAGCGGCAGCGGCGGCGGGGCGCGGCGGGCGCGGAGCGGAGCCCACCCCCAUCACCUGUUACCUCCGCUCCCCAGGUUGCCUGAAGUUCCCCGGCGGCGCCCGGCAGGACGGAGAGCGCCACGGCUGCGGCUGGCGGGGACCCUACAGUGGCUGCUGCAGCAUGGGCUGGCUCAGGGGGAUUGCCUUGCUUUCCUUGGGAGUAUUACUAGCAGGAAGAGUCAACUGCCAGCAUGUGAAGAAUAAUGUGCCGAGGCUUAAAUUAUCGUAUAAAGAAAUGUUGGAAUCCAACAAUAUAAUCAAUUUCAAUGGACUAGCUAACAGCUCCAGUUACCACACUUUCCUCUUGGACGAAGAACGCGGUCGGUUGUAUGUUGGAGCAAAGGAUCACAUAUUUUCUUUCAACCUGGUUAACAUCAAGGAAUAUCAAAAGAUUGUUUGGCCUGUAUCACAUUCCCGAAGGGAUGAGUGCAAGUGGGCUGGAAAAGAUAUUGUGAGAGAAUGUGCUAAUUUCAUCAAGGUGCUUAAGGCUUACAACCAAACCCACCUGUAUGCUUGUGGAACAGGGGCUUUUCAUCCAGUCUGCACCUAUAUUGAAGUUGGAAGCCAUCCUGAGGACAACAUUUUUAGAAUGGAAGAGUCACAUUUUGAAAAUGGGCGGGGGAAAAGCCCUUAUGAUCCCAAACUGCUGACAGCUUCACUUUUAGUAGAUGGAGAACUGUACUCUGGCACAGCAGCAGACUUUAUGGGCAGGGACUUCGCCAUUUUCCGAACUCUGGGGCAUCACCAUCCCAUCAGAACAGAGCAGCACGACUCCCGGUGGCUAAAUGAUCCCCGAUUUGUCAGUGCUCACCUGAUACCAGAGAGCGACAAUCCAGAGGAUGACAAAAUCUACUUCUUCUUCCGUGAAAAUGCAAUUGAUGGAGAGCACACUGGAAAAGCCACUCAUGCCAGAAUAGGGCAGAUCUGCAAGAAUGACUUUGGUGGACACAGGAGCCUUGUUAACAAAUGGACAACUUUCCUCAAAGCCCGUCUGAUUUGUUCUGUACCAGGACCCAAUGGCAUUGACACACACUUCGAUGAACUACAGGAUGUGUUCCUAAUGAACUCAAAAGACCCUAAAAAUCCAAUAGUCUAUGGAGUGUUUACAACAUCCAGCAAUAUCUUCAAGGGAUCAGCAGUGUGUAUGUACAGCAUGACUGAUGUGAGGAGGGUAUUUCUUGGUCCCUACGCCCACCGAGAUGGCCCCAACUACCAGUGGGUUCCCUACCAAGGGCGAGUGCCAUACCCACGGCCAGGAACUUGUCCCAGUAAAACAUUUGGAGGUUUUGAUUCCACCAAGGACCUUCCUGAUGAAGUUAUCACAUUUGCCAGAAGUCAUCCUGCCAUGUACAACCCCGUAUUCCCCAUCAACAACCGUCCAAUCAUGAUUAAAACAGACGUGGAUUACCAGUUCACACAGAUCGUGGUAGAUCGAGUAGACGCGGAAGAUGGCCAGUAUGAUGUGAUGUUCAUUGGCACAGAUAUUGGAACAGUUCUUAAAGUGGUUUCAAUUCCUAAGGAGACUUGGCACGAAUUAGAGGAAGUCUUGCUGGAAGAAAUGACAGUCUUUCGGGAACCCACUGUUAUUUCAGCAAUGAAGAUUUCCACAAAGCAGCAACAGCUCUACAUUGGCUCAGCCACUGGAGUUUCACAGCUUCCUUUACACCGCUGUGAUGUGUAUGGAAAAGCUUGUGCUGAGUGUUGCCUUGCAAGGGACCCUUACUGUGCCUGGGAUGGCUCCUCCUGCUCACGUUACUUCCCCACUGCUAAGAGGCGCACCAGACGACAAGACAUCCGAAAUGGGGACCCACUCACCCACUGCUCAGACCUGCAGCAUCACAAUAACCCAAGUGGUCAGGUCCUGGAGGAAAAGAUUAUCUAUGGAGUAGAGAAUAGCAGCACUUUCCUUGAGUGCAGUCCAAAAUCUCAGCGUGCAGUAGUCUACUGGCAAUUCCAGAAGCAAAAUGAUGAUCGCAAAGAAGAGAUAAAAGUGAAUGAUCACAUGAUCCGGACAGAACAGGGCCUAUUGCUACGAAGUCUUCACCGGAGAGACUCUGGUGUUUAUUUUUGCCAUGCUGUGGAGCACGGCUUCAUGCAAACCUUGCUGAAGGUGACCCUUGAAGUGAUCGAUAACGACCACCUGGAAGAGCUGCUCCAUAAAGAAGAAGAUGGUGAUGGCUCCAAGAUGAAGGAUGCGACCAACAGCAUGACCCCCAGCCAGAAGAUCUGGUACAGAGACUUCAUGCAGCUGAUCAACCACCCCAAUCUCAACACAAUGGAUGAGUUCUGUGAGCAGGUUUGGAAAAGAGACCGCAAACAGCGCCGGCAAAGGCCUGCCAAUGCGCAGGUGAACACAAAUAAGUGGAAGCACCUACAAGAGAAUAAAAAAGGUAGAAACAGGAGGACCCAUGAAUUUGAGAGGGCACCACGUAGUGUCUGAGCUACAUUACCUCUAGGAACCUCAUCCAAGUAGAAACUUGUAUAGACAGAUAACUGGAAAAAAAUGCAAUAUUCAUGAACUUUUUCAUGGCAUUAUGUGGAUGUUUACAAGAGUGGAAAGUUCAAACAGUUUCCACUAGAUUUAAAUAAAAUCCAUUUCUAACUUUCCUGGCAAGUCCUUCCUCUCUGCUCUGAUUCUAAGACCAGAAAGACCAGAGUUUCAAGGAUGAUAACUCGCCUGGACUUUGCUUACUGCUCAAAAACUUCUGCAAGCAUUCAGCAGGCAAGUUUUGCUUUCUCUUUUGAUGGAGAUAUAAAGAAAAUGCUGUAUUUCAUGCUGUCAUCUUACAGAAGAGAAAAACAAGCCCCACCUUUCAUCAUCAGCACUACCAUUUCUAGACUCAUAUAAAACUGCAUGAACUCAUUAAGCUGAUGAACGUCUAAACACGUGAUUGGACACAAGGAUUUUGUUCUUGUUUUGUCUACCAGUUCUCCUGUUUAUAUGUACUAGAAGAGGAAAAUCAAUAUUGAAUGAGAUUGAUUGUGGAAAUCUGAACAACAUAAGCCAUCCAUCAUCUGGAAGAAAAAAAAUGUGGAGUACACUGGCCUACUACUGAUGACUUCUUUCAGCUUUGAUCUAAAGAUGUAUUUUAUUAAAAGUAUAAUUUAAAUGUACCAUGAAAAAAUAUGCAGCAAACAUUAACUCCUUUCUAAAAUAGAUUAGACUUUUUGUCUUAGAAAUGUUGUACUUUCUAAUUAUUGGUUUAGAGGAAAAAAGAUAACUUCCAAUUAUGACUGCUUUACUCUCUUGUUUGGGAAAACUUCCAGGGGAGCUGGUCACACUGCAGUUAGCCUCUCCCCUGUCAGUAAUCUAUAUGACACGUAACUUCAAAGCAAUUUUAAAACUAAGCUAUUUUAACAUGAAAGUCACUGUAUAGCAUGGAAGUAUUCUGCAUUCUGUUUCUCUAAGUAUGGUAUUUGAAAUUAUUCAACUUGUAUAAUACCUUGCUAUAGUUUGAACCAAUGAAGAGGAGAGCAUUGAUUUUCAGUUGUAUAUUUUUUUUUAAUUAAAAAAAACAAAUAGCAUUAAAAUACCCUCUGCUAAUUA